AUGGCUAGGUUCUUGGUUUCUUCUUUUGAUGGUGAUGAAAGUUUUGGUAAAUCUGGUGCUAUGAUUAGCUACUAUGAAGGCCUGUUCUUGCUCUAUGCUAUCAUUUUCGCAGUUGUAGUCGUGUCAAUUGUGGUAUUUUUAUGUACUGAUCAUCCUGGAAAGGACACAGUAUCUAAUUUUUGUACUGGUGGUUCUAAUUUUGGUGGCACCGGUAGCAUGAUCAUGUAUUCUAGUGGUGCUGGUGCAGCUGCUUGUGGAGGAGGUGGUGGCAGUGGUGGUGGAGGAGGUUUUGCUUGUGGCGAUGAUGGCGGUGGCUGUGGAGGAAAUGACUUGAGAGUCCUGUGUAAAUGCAUUCAUGUUCUACGGAAGAGAGUAAAGAAUAUAAUGGCUAGCUUCUUGGUUUCUUCUUUAGAUGUUGAUGAAAGUUUUAGUAAAUCUGGUGCUAUGAUUAGCUACUCUGGAGGCUUGUUCUUGCUCUGUGCUAACAUUUUCGCGGUUUUAGUGAUGUCAAUUGUGGUAUUUUCAUGUACUCAUCAUCCUGAAAAUGAUACAUUAUGUAAGAAGCAAAAGAAAAGCAAGCGCAAGUUCACUGGUACUGGUCGUGGUGGUGGAGGCAAUGGUGGAGGUUAUGCUUGUGGUGGUGGUGGUGACGGCGAUGGUUGCUGA